ACCUGUUGCCACACUUGGCCGCAUUAUAUAAAAGGCAGCUGGCACUCUGGUGGGUAAUUAAUGUGCAGAUUUGUUUGACCACAACGAAACAACGAAAUUAUUUCAGUAUUUUACUUUAUCGUGGUCCUGAAAAGUUAGACGCGCCAAAUGUCAUGGCAUGUAGGAGAAGACGACAGCACUCACUUCCAGAUUACAGUGAUAGACCCAACAACAUGGACCAGCUUGCUUUCAAAUACAUGGACAUGUGUAAAGUGGAGUCCAGCACUGAUACUGACUCAGAAAUCAGUCCAAGAUGGUCAGACACCAGCACUAUGGGAUGUGUGAGCAGCGCACCAGAGUGUGGGACAUUACGUCGGACACUGCCGUUGAAACCUGCAGCAAGGCAUGGUUGCUAUUCUUUGUUUUUGGACCCGUAUGAUGGGAGCUCUGAGGAUUCGGACGAGUCAAACAUUGAUGUAGGUGUGUCCAGGAGAACAAGGCAGCAGGGGCGAGGCGGAGGAUGUCGGUUUUCGGGCCGGAGCAGGAAAUUUAUCCUUCAUCACCCUGCUUCUGUGGCCCUCAGAGAAGUGAUGAAGAAUGGGAUGAGAGAUCCCGUAACAGAGCAGCAACAUGUUUUGGAUGACCAGAUGAAAUGUGGAAGUGACUCUGAGCUGUGGGUCUGUGAUCUUAACACUUUGCCUUCCCACAACGACAAGGACGCAUGUAGAGAUCGUACAUUAGAAAUACCAAAUGAAACCCAAGCCCAAACCAUGGACAUCGAGUUGCCACUUGAUGAUUCAGGCUUGCACGCUACAAGAUCCUCCACACCUCACACACCUGGACCUCUCACCCCGGUGGGAGGGAGCUCGCCCUGGAUGCUGGGUAGCUCCUCUGAGAGAUCCCCCAGUCCGUGUCACCUGAGAUCUCUUUACAAGAGAAAGCUGGGGCUCGCUGGAGCAGAAGUGGUGGAACUGGGUCAAAGAAAGAAGCAGUGUGUUGUCAACGUGGAGGACAAACACAAGGCAGGGGACUCUGCAUCUGAGCCAUGUUAGAGCCAUCUGACUGUGGACUGACAGACUGAAGUACUGAAGUCAUGUUAAUGCCUUAAAUAAUUUGAGGAAUGAAAUGCUGUAAAUAGUUACUUUAAAAAGCACUUUGGUUUAUUUUGCUACCUCCAGUAAUUUUGAAUGUCUCACAGGUGUUACAUGUGCUGAUUAACUAUUUUUGAGCAAUUGUGAUUUUUGUUUUGUUGGAAGGAAUUAACAUAGUAACCCAGGCGGUAGACCAAAGUAGAACCUAUGCACUGGCAAUGAAGA